AUGGCGUUGGGACUCUACGACAUGGGCUCCUCCAAUGGCGAUCGGCAUACUUCUAGUGCUCAGUUGGAAGCCUUCAUCCUCAUUCAAAGAGACAUGGUAAUCAUAGAGGCGCGUCUCGAUGAAAACGUUGGCGGUCUCGAAGUUAUGGACAAGUCUGGCGCAUUUGUGGCCGUUGAUCCGGAGCCAGGCACCCUCGUCGUCAAUCUUGGGGAUGUUGCUACGGCAUGGAGCAAUGGGAGGCUCCGGAAUGUGAAGCAUAGAGUGCAAAGCAAGGAAGCAACACUACGGAUAUCAAUUGCUACAUUCCUCUUGGGACCAAAGAAGGCAGAAGUGGAUACUCCAUCGGAAUUUGUUGACGCUCAAAACCCACGUCUUUAUGCCCCUUUUACCAUUGAAGAUUAUAGAAAGCUCCGAGCAUCCACAAAAUCGCAUGCUGGGAAAGCUCUUGAACUUGUACGUAUCCAGUCCUGACUUUUAAUACGAAGCAUUGCGGACUGGAGAGAUUAAUAACUUGUUGUAGACUAAUAACUAGAAAAAACAUUCAAUGGAAGAUAUGACUUCUGCAUGAUGGACCUGCAAGUUCAAAUUAGGCUGUACUUGGUUCAUCCAAAUGGACACGUACAUGUAUAACCAGGGGGUUUUGGUUUAUCGUUUUUUACUAGAUUGUUCUGACUCAUGUCAUGGCUGGAAUAUUAGCAGCAAGAAAGUGCUUCAAGUCUUGAUUUUCAGACGAGUGAAAAGCUAUAAUUUUAACGCUAUAUCUUGCAAUUACUAUGCUUCGCAACAA